AUGUCAAGUCCAAUAGCAAAUGUACCAUCACGAAUAUCAUGUUUUCCUAAUAUAAAAUCAACUGUUAUUCCAAAUGAAUCACCAUCAACACCAAAUAUUUAUGUUAAUGUACCAGUUCUUUCAAUUCCUCAAAAUAAAACACGUAAUUCGACAAAUACAUUUGAUACAUUACGUCAAUGGAGUACAAGAACAUUAAAAUAUACUCGACAAUUAUUUCAACAACGAAUUGGACAAGCUGUUAAAACACAAGAUAUUGAACUUGAAAAAAAUAUGAUCAACAGUCAAUUAAAUUUUAAAAAAAAAUGUUUUAGUGUUGGUGAUGCCGCUUGUACAAUAGCAUCAGCAACUAGUUUUCCUGAACCAUUUCUACAUGAUGGAAAACAUUUACGGCAUAUGCAUCGAAAUCUUGCUGGAAAUCGUUUUUCUGAUCAUGUUGCUUUACUUAAUGCAUUUCAACAAUAUGAAAGAGAAAAAAAUCGUAAUGGUGAACGUGGUGAAAUGGAUUAUUGUGAUCGUAAAUGUCUGAAUUUAUCAACAAUGCGAAUGACUUAUGAAGCAAGAAAUCAACUUCGAGAUAUAAUGUUAAUGUCAAGUUUUCCUGAAGAAUGUUUAUCAUCUCAAUGGUUUGAUGUUGAACAACCACAUUCCAAAUUAGAUAUUGUGAUAUCACUUCUUUGUUAUGCUCUUUAUCCAAAUGUUUGUUUUCAUAUAUCAAAAAGAAAAUUAUUAACAACUGAAGGUAAAGAAGCAUUAAUACAUAAAAAUUCUGUUAAUUGUGGACGAGAAAUAUCAAUAUUUCCAUCACCAUUUUUUGUUUUUACGGAAAAAAUAAAAACACGAGCUGUAUCUGCUAAACAAAUGUCAAUGUCAACACCAGUUCAAUUAUUAUUAUUUGCUUCUUAUCAAGUUGAUGUUGUUGAAUCGAAUCUUGUUUGUCUUGAUAAUUGGUUUGUAUUUAUAUCAUUAAUCAUACGAUGUACACAAGAACCCAAUGAUAUUAUUAAUCGUCCACCAACAGUUGAAAAAUUAUGUAAUUUAAUUCGUCUUUUAUCGGAUCAACAACUUGAACAUAUUUUAUGUGAAAAAAUUAAUGAAAAUAAUAAUACAACAGAAUCUACUAAUUCAAAUUUUAAUCAACCUUCAUCUGAAUAUCGUCCAAAUGAAUUAUUUCCAUCAAAUCGAGGAUAUAAUCAAAGAUCAUUUCAUGGUGGACGUAAUCGUCCUUUUAAUAGAUAUAAUUAUCGAGGAAAUUAUACACCACAACAGCAACAAUCAUAUCGACCACAAAAUACUUCAAGUCCGAGUGGUAGUGCUUUUAGUUUCUCACCUGAUUCAUCAACAUUAUCAUCGACUCAAGAUAAUUCUUCAUCAUCAUUCAAUAAUAAAAGACAAUAUGAUAAUACAUUUUAUUCUUCAACAUCAUCUCCAACGACUGGUCCACCACCGGCAUCAUCCUAUCAAUCUACAUGA